GUCUGCGUUUAGUGGUCGAGACCCGAUCGACAAUGAUGUCCAAGAUCUAAUCGAAGAAAUAAAUGAAUCAGAUCCCGAGGAUCAAUUGUAUGAUUUCAAUCGUAGAAAUUCAAUAGAGACAGACGCGUCCGACUCCGAUUCGUCAAGUGAUUCCGACGAUGAAAAUGUGGAUCCUAUUCCCCGUCCUGAGACGGAGGAUGACCAGGAUGUUGAGGUUCACGAUUCCCUGAAAAUUCGCGAAACUCGCGACAAUUUAUCCAUGCAGAUAGAUAAUUACGUGGUUUUUAUCACUAGAUCUGGCAUUCCCGUCGAUUCCGGGGGAAAGGAUCUACAGGUAACCGAGAAGUUACCAGCGUUUAACGACCUCACAAUUUAUCGCGUCAAUGUGCGAAAUUUCAAAAACCGUAAAGUCAUGGCUCUGCCCAUUCUAUUCCACGCGAGGGAAAACCUAGCGUUCGAAGAUUUAGACGAAACAAUCACGUCGCUACGCGAUGCAAUUUUAGAGGAGCAAAUUAACUCGAUUUCGAUCGCUAGGACAGACCUCGUUGGGGGAGUCCAAUGGGCAGACGUGAAACUGCGCUUUAUCACGAUUUUAAAGGAUCUGAACUUGACCCUCACAAUUUGUAAACAAUUAAUACGUUACCCAUCUGAAGAAGAACGGCUCGGAAUCAUUGCGGAAAAGCAUUGUUCGACUCUCGGCGGGCACAAAGGUGUCAAUAAAACGUACAAACUUAUUCGCGAGAAUUUCUUUUGGAAGGACAUGAAGGUUCAAAUUCAAGAAUAUAUCCAAUUGUGCAAAAAUUGUCAAUUAAAAAAAUUGGUUCGUGUUAAAACAAAGCAGCCCAUGGUAUUGACGGAUACCCCUGGUGCUUCUUUUGAUAAAAUUGCGAUGGACAUCGUUGGUCCACUCCCGGUCACGAAAAAGGGUAACGCCUACAUUCUCACGAUGCAGGAUCUGCUUACCAAAUUCGUUCUGGCCGUACCGAUAAGCAAAACAACCGCCACAGACGUUUGUGACGCAUUGGUUAAACGUUUUAUUGCCAUCUUUGGUCCCCCAAAAGCCAUACUUACCGAUCAGGGCACGAAUUUCCAGUCUAUUUUGAUGAAGGCUAUGGCGAGGAGAUUUAAAAUUAAACUCUUUCGAACGACUGCAUUCCACCCACAAUCGAACGGGUCUAUCGAGCGUUUUCACCACGUGUUGAUCGAAUACCUUAAGCAAUAUGUUAGCCCCGACGAAGAAUGGGACGAUUUUGUUGAAUUGGGUGCGUUUAGUUAUAACGUAAGCAAACACGAGGGAACAAAAUACACCCCUUACGAAUUAGUGUACGGGAAACUAGCGCAUCUACCAUCAAGACAUCUCCACAUUGAAGAGGAACGAGUCGCAACGUACCCAGAGUAUCUAAAACAGCUUUUUGAAAAGAUCCACGAUUUGCAAAGAUUCGCGCGAGCCAAUUUGAUUGCAGCAAAGGAGAAGUCGAAGACCUACUACGACCGAAAAAUAAACCCGCAAAACUUCCAAGUCGGGGACGUCGUGUUAAUGUUGAAAGAACCUGUGAAGGGCAAAUUCGGAGAUCAAUAUACGGGACCUUGCCCCAUCAUCGAAAUCCUAUCGGGUGGAAACAUCAAAAUCCUUCAUAAGGGCAAACCCCGCGUAGUACAUUCGAACAAGUUGCGCGGCACCCGGUUACCGCUGGACCGCUAAAAUUGUUCCCGUUUGGUUACAGGGAGAGAGAGAAAGAUGCUUUCGUCACUCAUGGUAUUCGCCCUCAUUCAGCAAACAGUCGGUCUACUAGGCUAUGACUGUGGCGGAUCUAAUCUCAAUGUUACGACAAUCGCACUUAACAGCGUCGGAGAGUGUAAUAUCCCAGUCAACGUGGCAACUACAGUUCCGAUAUAUAUGCAACUCCUCCAACUUUCGGACUUCUCGCACACGUCCGUCAUCCAAUGUCGGAUAGAAAUUGAUCGCACCAUCUACUAUUGUGGAAUGCAUUCCCAUGUCUCCAUCGUUGCUAAUGGGAAACAAGUGUACUUCCAAGAACUCGAUGAACGAGCCUGUAUCCACCUGCAAGAGACUGGAUUACUCCAGUUGAGUAACGCCGCGGAGAUCGUAGGCGUACGUCGCAACAGCACCACCAAUCGGGCGGUCACUCUGGCAGGCAGCAUCAAACAGGAUGGCACCUGCGCUGGCACUCAAUAUAGCGAUCCUUUUGGAACUUGGGAGAACGUCGUCGUGCAAGCAUCCGUGAAGAUCGUUGUGUCCAAUUACCAAGCGGACGCCAACACCGUUAACAACAAAAUUCUACUCCGUUCCGGAACGCAUUGCGUGCUUUCCGAUGGAACUUGCAUGGACACGGAGGGCAAUUCGGCUUUUUGGAAAACAGAACCAUCCGACUCGUGCAACUUCAACCACUACGACGUCCUCUUCGAAGGGACAGCAACAAAAUUAAUCAAUGCAAACCUUACGACCAACAAUCCCAACAUAUAUUCGUUGACAACUCAGGAAACAACAUUCGCUUUGGCUGCAAAAUCAGAAUUUCACGUCUGCGGUUACACGCUGAUCAGGACCGAACACCCCAAACUCUACAUUUUGGAAACCACCAGAGGAAGAACCUUUGCUUCAAAAACUAAAAUUUCCGUCAGUAAUCUGGAUAUUUUCUCGUACGUGAAUUCCAAGUUCAUCUACGUCGAAAAACACGUGAGAUCGCAGAUCCAGGGACUCUAUCAAGACGUCAUCGUACAACGAUGCAAGUUGGAAAGACAAGUUCUUCAAAAUUCUCUCACAACGGCAACAUUAUUCCCGGAAAAAUUUGCAAGUACCGUCACGAAAUCAUUGGGUUACACGGCCGUCAUAGCCGGCGAAGUGGCACACAUCGUCAAAUGCACUCCGGUCGAAUGCAGUAUCCGCAGGACAACGGAAUGUUAUAACGAACUUCCAGUGACCUACAGAAACUCGUCGCGUUUUCUCUCACCAACUUCGAAGAUUUUGAUCAAAACAGGCACUCAAAUCGAGUGCGACCCACUACUACCAGCUCAGUAUUACAUCGAUAACCAUUGGUACGGAUUCAACCCUAACGGAGCUCCGGUGCCUAACCCUCAACAACUUCAACCACUGUCUCAACCAUCUUGGACUUAUAAUCCAAUCGGUAAUCUUGCGGAAAGCGGGAUCUACACAACAGAGGAGUUAAACGAACUUCGCGACAAAAUUAUGUUUCCAGCGGAAAAAUCCGCCCUAUUAAACACCAUCGCUCGUGGCUCAGCUGGUUACUCGGUACCUGCCGGGUCUAUUGCCUUCCAUAACCUAUUAACUACAGAAAGCAUCGAACAAUUGGCGGAAAGCACACUAAAUAAAAUGUGGCAUGGUUUAGAGAAAUUUGGAAUUAUUAGCGCCGGAUUCUUCGCAGUCGUGUUCAUCUUUUCAACGAUUAAGGCUGUUUUCGACACAAUCAUCCAAGGGUACACCUUGCACACACUCUACGGCUGGAGUUUCGCUCUCGCCGGAGCUAUUUGUAAUUCCCUAACUCAUCUGCUCAUCACGCGAAGAUACCGCAACAACAACAUGCAACAAGACAACAUUUACCACUUGCCACGAGAACAAGAAUUAACAUCAGUAGUGGCAUCUCAACCAACACCAGCUCCAAGGGGCCCUACCGGAGUUGACCCUCGACUAUUAGAGCGUCUUACAACCGGUUCUCAGUCUGCGACUUCGAACUAAAAGGGGGGAGGUGUUACGUCCUCGGGUUCAACCCCGUAAACGAAUUUUAUUUUUUUGGGGAUUUUUAAAAAAUACUUGUUAUAUUAAUACCACGGGAGUACUAUAAAAAUAAUGUUUCGCAGCGAUAGCGAAAACGCAAAACCGUUCCAAAAUGAAGUUUCUCACGGUAACGGAAGAGUUCCGAGCCGACCUGUAUAAGUCAAAGUUGCACGAAUACCUUCCCAUAGUUUCUGAUUACGCGAAGCAAACGUCUGCCGAGAGGCGACGCGAAUCUCUUAUCUCCAUCCGGGCGUCCGAGCUCGCCUCGGUUUAGUCUAGAGCGACGCACGUGGAGUUUCUACUGAUAUUUUUCGCACUGCUAGCAUCCGGUCUACGUGCAUGGUCGGCCCUAUAGCUCCAGUUACCGUGAGACACUUAGCGAAAGAUUAAUGCCUGGACCCCCUCCAUUCGCGAAUCGGAGGAGUCGAAAAGUGUCAAGGAGUUAGUCAGUCUUCGAUCUUCACUCACCCGCUUCGCUCACUCAAUUUUUUCGGAGUAUAUUCGUGUCCGAGCAAAUUCAUUUUUAAUCGCGUCGGUUGUGGUCAUAACUCUCGAGCUUCGCGAAGCGCGUGUGUUUGAGUGUCGGUACCGGCUCAAAUCUGCCUUAUUUUGUUUUUUUUUCCAUAAUUUUGUAUUUCUAAAUAAAAUCCUAGCAACCUGCAUAUCGCGUUCGCGAGUGUCACUUUCAGAAUCAAGUGUUUCGAUUCUGUAAAAGUUUGUGCGCCACGAGAAAAAUCCAGUUCACCCCUUUUGCCUUCGAAUAUUCGAGUAAGUCCACUCUAUUAAAUUAAACCAUCUAAUAAUUCAAGAGUCGGCACAUUGAUCCAUAUUGACUCAAUUUAUCCAAACAAACUUACGUUUCACCAUCUUUAUAAUUAAUUCAAAUUUAAAAAUCUCAAGGUUGCGUUUAUUUCGUUAAUUCGAAUUCCAAACCACAAGCUUGCUUUAACAGUUCGAAUCGGUAACUGUGAUCUUGGGUUUGUUUCGUUGAUUCGAAACUCAAACUUCAGGUUCACAUAGUUUCCACGAUUUUGUAUUUUAACUUAUUUUUGUCAAUUCAACAUUUAAAUUUCGAUCACAACUUGACAUCAUUUCAGCGAUUCAAAUUUAAUCCCGCGUUUUUCUUUAUUUUUGAAUCACCCCACGUGAAUCCAAGAAUUCGAGCCCAAAUAAUCUUAUUUCGAAAAUUUAAAUUUACCUUCAAAAUUUCAAUAAUUUACAAAUCAAUCUCGAAUAGUCCCGUUUUAACCAAUUCAAUUAAUUAACCAAUCAACCAAAUUCAGUUAAUUAAUCAAUCAAUCAAUUCAAUUCAAUUUUAUUAAAUUUAAAUUUAGACUCAUCCGAUAAAUUAUUAGUGUGUCUCCCCACUACGGAAAUUCUUGUGCGCAUAAACUCCGGAAAUUCUGUUUUGUUCGACUCGUCAAGCGAAUACGGACCGUGAUACGCGUUCCCGGUAUUCGGGUUGCUUCGAUUCGCGCGUUUCGAGAAAACCUCUCGAGCAAGUUUGCCAAAAAUUCACCGCGUACACCUAUUGUAAAAAUCAUAUUUUUCUUCGCGUUUUAAUUAAGUUACAACGGUUCGUCCGCCGUCCUGUAAUUUCGAACUCUUUACUAAAUAAAAGGGAACGAGCGUAUUUCUUUUCGUCAAACUCGAA